UUGUAGGAAGAGUCUUGACAGUAGAAAGUAAGGAAAUGAAAAUACCAAAUUUCUCCAGUUUUGAUCCAGAUCGGUCCUUUUGGUCAGAACACGGAGACAGUCAACGUCAUUUUUUGUUUAACAUACGAAUUUUUUAUGAAAAGGGUCCUCCAACAAGUGAAGACAUAGUGAUUUCCUGUGAUUUCUCCACAUCAUCAGGGUUGCUGAUUUUGUGCCAGCAACAUUGUCCGAAGGAGGCAUUUUUACCCUUCCUACUUUUGAACUGUUCUCUAGUGUGAUAUCAAAGGCUUCACAAUGGUGUGCUCAACAAGAAGGAAUUCGCUUUUGCAAUGUACAAUCUGUUGAAAUAAAGAUGAAACGGGGAGGUUCUCAAGCUUUUGACACUCAAAGAACAUCAUAUACAGAACAUGCAGGAAAAACUACCUCCUAUUUACGCAUUCUUAGAGUAACAUAUGCAAAAGCUUAUUUUGACUCUGGGAUUCUUUCAACACCAUCUUUGCAGCUCACAUGUAAAACAUUUCUACCAGUUCAGCUCACCUCUGGUAUCUUGAUGCCUAAGUUUGAAGGCUUGACUCAAACUAGGACACGAAUGGAAGCAUGGUUAAAGGCUACAGGUGCAAGAGUUUUAAGUGUAGAAACAAUUGCGAUGAGACUUUUCAAUGGUGGUGAGCCAUUCAGUGGUGUGGAAGCCUCAUUCAUAUUUAACAGAGGUAAUAGAAAUGAAUACUUCAUUUUUGUGAUUAAUGUUUACAUGGAUGGACAUUACCCAGAACCACCACCAGAAUUGUUACCACCAACACCUGUUAUUGAAGAAGGUUGUUGUGUUCUUUUUUAG